AGGCCUCUCCGCUCGCGGCCUCCCCGCGGCUCCCGGCCGCCGCUGCGCGGUCAAAUUUGGCUUCUUUACGUUUCAAAAAAAAAAAUCCUUGUGGCGUUCCCCGGUCCGCCAGCGCCCCUCAGCUGCGGAACGGCGCCGCGGGGAGCGCGCUGAGGCCGGUGCGGGUGGUUGCGGAGCCGGGAGGUGGCGGCGGAGAGACGCGGGUUUGGGGCUGAAGGGCGUGAGGGAGGCGGCACCGAAGAGCUGGCACAGCGCGGCCGGGUAACCGGGGAGAGCGUUGUGCAAGAAGCCUGGAGGAGCUGGAGGAGUGUUGAGGCUCAGCCUCUGUGAGAAGGACCCAGGAAAACCACCGUGGGGACACCUCGUACGCGCCGUCGAGAUGGAGGUAAUUUCUGAGCCUGGAGAAAGUGGCUUUGGUCAGUGAGCAGCAAGACUGUCCACAGCUUUCUGAUGGCUACUGCUCUCCGAGAGGAGAUUCUCAAACUUGGUUUUAGAGCUAAAUGGUAUUUCAUCAAAAUCUUGAUGAAAUAAAGGUGUCGACUUCUUCCCUAUCAGAAAAAAAGGUCACAAGACAAUGAAUUUAGCUCUUUCAAAAGGGGAAAUGGUGUAACUACCAUGGCCUCUGUAAGUCAGGUGGGUGGCAGAACAAAACUGAAGGUCUGUAGCUGGAAGUGUUUGGUGGAAUUCAGUUUCCAUUUUGAACACGGGGAUGAGGUACCGGCACCCUGAUCUUUGGCGGUUUGAAAUGAUGUGCUGCGGCAAGUCAGCAACUCCUCGGCGUUGCACCACACUCAGAAACUUCUCUGUUAAUAGCGGGCUUUUUUUAACAUCCUCUUUUAGAUCUGCUGUCACUUUGUAUUCAAAACCCACACACUUUUCCAGUGGAAUCACUUCCGUUUUAAAAAGAAAGAACAAGGAACUAAAUCACGCGUGUGUUAGGUUGUUUUUCCACACAGACAGCGGUGAAGAAAUAGCCUGUAAGAAUCCGUUCUCUCAGAGCAGCUGUAGUAAGAGCAUCCUGGGCUAUGUGAUUAUCUGCCUCUCCCCUGCUGGGAUUGGACUACAUGGAACUCUGGUGAUUAGAUUCCUACUCAGGCUUGUCGUCAUGUUGGCAGAAGGCAUCUUAACUAGUCUCAUAUAUAAAGCAAGCUGUCAUCAAGAUAAGCCUCACAAAUCUCAUGCAUCCAAAAAGGAUAAAGAGGGAAUCUGGAGACAGAAACUUGUAGACAACCCCGAAAUUCGAGGCUUUGCUGAUGGACACGUGAAGCAGGAUGAGAUCUUUGCUAAAAGUAGCAAAAAGGAACACAGGAGCGGUCCUCGAUGGAGAACUGUAGAAGAGGUACCUGCAAAAGAUCAGAAAACAUGUGUUAAAGGAACUGUAUCAGCGGCUUUACAUAUCCCCAGGAGACAACAAAAUACUGAGCAGCUGGAUUUAUAUAGAUCCUGGUCAUGCAACAGCAUUUAUCAAAACUAUCCUGACUUACAUAUUGGGGGAGACCACGUGGUGGACCACCUGUGUGAUUCGGGUUGUGUUUUGGACCACGUGUGCGAUGAACUUCCUGAUGGCCCUGUUUUACUGUCCGUAGACAUUCCUCUGGGUCACUCCCCUCUAUGUGAGCACCCCAAAAACUCAAGUAUAAAGUCCCCGUCUGGAGAUGAAGCUGGAGAAAGGAGUAUCAUGCUCUGCGAGGAGCCUCUUUCAAAUUCCACGCUCAACAAGUACAUGGAAACAAAAGUGACAGAGCUCUAUAAACAGUUUUUGGAAGAAAACCUGACCAGAUGUGGUUCUGUAACAAACCUCCUCACUUGCAGUUUGAUAAGGAGUAACCUCAAUCAUGUAAGCUUUCAGAUAUCCCAGGAGCAGAACAUAGAAACGUCGAAAGCCAGAGAAGCUCUCUUGCACUCUUUGGCUUUGUUUAGUUUGCACAACCCUGUCACUAGGAACAGCUCGGAAUUUAGUACUCCCGACUUACAGAUCUCAAACCCAGCCUGCGUCAAAAAGAGCUGCAGGAUGCAGUUUACAUCAUGACUGAUCUACUUUGCUGAAGAGAUGAAUACAAUUCAGAUAGAUAGGAAUAUUUCACUCUGAGGAUUAGACUGGGAAAUGGAAACAUUUACACACUACAGACUUGUACAAAUAAAUAUCUGAAGGCUUAAA